AUGAAGUUGUACUCUAUGCAAAACCAUUUUGCUUAUGGCUCAAAGACACCUUAUGCAGAAUGCCUAAAGCCCAAGCCUACACCUGCUCCAUACUAUUAUAAAUCUCCUCCACCUCCAACACCGACUUAUGUUUAUAAGUCACCACCUCCACCAUCACCAAAAUAUGUGUACAAGUCACCACCUCCCCCAACCCCAACAUACGUUUAUAAGUCUCCACCACCACCUGCUUACUAUUACAAAUCUCCACCACCACCAACUAAGUCUCCACCACAUUACUAUUACAAAUCUCCACCUCCACCAUCACCAAAACCUGCACCGGUAUACUAUUACAAAUCUCCACCUCCACCAUCGCCAAAACUUGCACCUUCUCCUCCACCACCAUCACCAUCUCCCCCACCUCCAUACUACUACAAGUCUCCCCCACCUCCAUCGCCUUCUCCCCCUCCACCAUACUACUACAAGUCACCACCACCACCAUCGCCAUCUCCUCCACCACCCUACAUCUACAAGUCUCCUCCUCCACCAUCACCUUCACCACCCCCACCUUACUACUACAAGUCGCCUCCUCCACCGUCACCUUCUCCACCACCUCCCUACUACUAUCACUCUCCACCUCCACCCGUAAAGUCUCCUCCUCCUCCUUAUUACUACACCUCACCUCCUCCACCAGUGAAAUCACCUCCUCCACCGGCGUACAUUUACGCUUCACCACCACCACCAGUCCACUACUAA